GGCCACUUUGUUUACAUCCCCGGCCCGGAGCACACGUAACCUCCUUCACUCCUAUUUUUGGUCCUAUUUCUUUCCCUAUCAGUGUGGGAAGGAUAAGUCAGCCAGGAUGCCGUUCAUGAAAGGCAGAGCACCCAUCAGGAGGACGCUACAGUACCUCCAAUCCUCCAAUUUGGUGUUAAAGGAGAGAGUUAAGAUUUUUACGGUUAAUUACAACGUGCACGGGAACCACCACCGCGGGGCCAAGGAUUUUGUGUUUUGGCAUCUGGCGCAGCUACAGUACAACAACCCAAGUGUGCAGAUCGCCACCUUCAAGAACCUCACACCCACACCUUUCAUCCGCGUGUUCUUUGAGAGCGGAGAGGAGGCGCUGGUGGACCUCGAUUCAAGACCCCGCCAGGAUAUUGUGGACCACAUCAAGAAGGUGUUUUGCAAGAGUGACAGCAAGUUAGGAGAAGAGAGGCUGGAGAGAGAGAGUAAGGACAACCCGGCAAAUUUUGGUUGGGGGUGUAAUCGGCAGUGUAUUUGUGAGAUUCCCGGGCAGGUGCCGUGCCCCGCUGUAGUGCCGCUGCCCAAGGAGAUGCGAGGGAAGUAUAAGUUUGGGCAGGCGGUGGAGUGAGUGGUGUGUGUUGGUGUUUUUUUUUUUUUCUUUUAUAUGGUUUUGUUAGUGUGUGUGUGUGUGUUUGUUUUUAUUGUGUGUGUGUGUGUGUGUGUGUGUGCAUGUGUGUUGGUUUGUGCCAGAGUCAGAUGAUAAGCUAGUUUCUUCCUGUGUGUGUGUGUGUGGUGGCUGCGAGGGUGUGUGGCGAUGGUGUGUGGUGGUUGCCUGGUGCUGUCUUAUAUGGCACACUGGCUUACUCACUCACUCACUCACUCACACCUUUCUUUCACUGUAAAUAAUCCUCGACACAAUUACACUAAUACCUCCAACACUGUCCUGCCUGAAGGUGUACAUAUGUAUGAGUAAUGUGGCAACGUGGCUCACCUGUGACUCCUGAGCAAGCUGCCAAGUAAUAAUAAAAUACUUUGUUA